UCAUUUCGGUGCUUGUGAAGAUUCCAAUUCCAGGCUUUCGUCAUUUUGGCCAUUUCGGUGCUUUGGUUUCAAUUCGUAUUUCAGUAUCAGUAGCUUUUGUCAUUUCGGCCAUUUCGGUGCUUAUGAAGAUUCCAAUUCCAGGCUUUCGUCGUUUUGGCUAUUUUAGUUUAGUGAUUCCAGGCUUUGCUAUUUCGGUGAUUGUGAAGAUUUCAAUUCCAGGCUUUCGUCAUUUUGGUCAUUUCG